GUUUGCUGCAGACAACGCGACGAUUCGGAACAGUUGCCGAGCAGCUUUUGAGCAGCGCUUUUCAUCCUUGUCGCUCGUUCGCAUUCACAUUCACGUUCGCGUUAUCGUUUGCUCCUUCGCUUAACGGUUAUUUGUGCAUUUUUUGGAAACUGCUUUUUAGCAGUGACGCUAAAAUGCCGUCGCUGCGUUUCGCAUAGUUUACAGAGUUAAAAAACCAAAAUUAAUAAAACUUAACAUAUCAGAUAUCAAAGAACAACAACAAUUUGAACAUGUUUUGGAUUUUACGUCGCACGGGCGCUGCCAAUUUUUUCAAUUCCUUGAACAACAAUUGCAGCUUCAGCAAAAACAAUGGAAAUGGAGGCGCCGGCGGCAAUGGCAACCACAGCAACAACACACAGGACAAAUACGUAAAACGGCCGCCCCGCAAGGCGUAUGGCAGACUUAGUGCCGAGGCCGAUGAUGCCGUGUCACUGGGCCAUAAAAUCGAUGAUCCAUUCGAUGAGCUAGACGAUUUUGAAAUGAUGGCACCUGGUGCCAGCAACAGCAACGGCAAUGGUAACCACAACCACAACAGCAACACGAGCACGAACACGAACACCAACGGCAACAAGAACAGCAACAACCGUAACAACCAUAACUCCAACGCCAACGCCAACAACAACAGCAAUAGCAAUAGCAACAACAACGGCAAUGACGAGGCCAAUGGCAAUGAGAAGAGCCUGGAGCUGUUGCCAUGUACGAACGAUGAUUGCCAGGGUAACUUUGUGGUGGAGAAUGCAUUAUGUGAGCUGGGACUGUGCCAGGUUAAAGCCAAAUCAUCAAAGGAGCUGUCAGCGGGCAACAUGUCCACAUCCAAGCAGAUUAACGAGAGCACAAUAAGUCGCCUACACGCAUUGGCCAUGGCCGACGAUGACGAUGACUAUGAUGAAUCGCUUACCUGUAAUGUUUGUGAUCGGUCCUUUCAUUGCCAUCGGCAGUUGGCUUCACAUCAGCAAAAGAAACGACAUUUUGGCUGCAGUGGCUGCGAUAGUUUGUUUCCCUCGCUGAUGCUGCUGGAACAUCACAAGGAGGAGUUUGAGCACUGGAGCGAUGAGGAGAUUGGCAGGCGAGUUUGUUGCCGUCGUAAUCGAUGCGAUGACGACUACUUCACGGACACGGACUCCUACAUCAGCGAUGCGGAGAGCGAGGACCUGGAAAGGUUGUUGUAAACUUACAACAGCUGCACCUGAAGAGCAGCACAGCUGUGGCUGUCAGAGGGAAAGCGUGUGAUGAUGCCAAAGGCAAAGCCUUUGAAAGCUGGCAUAUUUGUGGCAACGUGCGGCGUCAAUUGUAAGGACUUACGCUGACUGGAUAACGACGUACCGGAAAUAGCCGAGAGUACCGGGUACCGAGUGAAUGUGGCCAUAAUGAAAAUAGAUUAAACCGGUUGACAAAAGCAGCUCCGCAUAACAAUGAAAAAUGAGUGCUCGACCAGUCGCAAAAAGCUGCUGCAAAGUCAAGUUGACUUUGCUUCGACCCAGUAUUAAAUUGUAUAAAUGAGAAACCAAGCAUAUUGAACUUCUAGAGUUUUACAGCAGACCUUAAGCAAUGGUCUUAAAACAAUAAAAAAAAAAAAAUACAAACACAAAUUCAUAGACAAGCAUAUAUACAAAUACUUGUACUUGUUUUUGUCUGUAUAUUUAUAACAAAUAUUUGUGUAAAAAGAGCUAUAACGAGAGCCGCAAAAUGAAUUCAUAUCAUACAAUGCAUAUGUGUCAACCAAAGUGAAACUAUUAUAUUUAUGUACGAAUCUAAAUGUGCAUGUGACUAAGAAAACAUGUAUUUUUAAGUACUCAAAUAAAUACGUGUAAAUCUUUCAA